AUGGUUCAAAUCCACAUCAUCUUUGUCACUCGUUUCUUUGAUCUGUUCACGAGGUAUGUCUCAUUCUACAACUCUGUAACGAAGCUAGUCUUUCUUGGAACUUCAAUCGCUAUUGUUUGGUACAUGCGGUACCAUAAAGUUGUGAAGCAAACAUAUAACAAGGAUGAAGAAACCUCUAGACAUUAUUACCUGAUUCUCUCAUGUUUUGUUUUGGCGUUGUUGAUUCCCCAUAAGUAUAAUACUAUUGAGGUUUUGUGGAGUUUCUCUAUCUAUCUUGAAGCUGUGGCAAUCUUGCCCCAACUGGUCUUGCUGCAAAGGUCAAGCAGUAUUGACAACUUAACUGGAAACUAUGUUUUCCUGCUUGGUGCUUACCGAGCUUUAUAUAUCCUCAACUGGGUUUAUCGUUACUUUGCGAAGAACAAAAUCAGAUGGAUACCUUGGGUUUCAGAUCUGAUUCAGACUGCCCUCAAUGCUGACUUUUUCUACUACUAUUUUAAAAGCGGGAAGAACCAUGAGAAGCUGAAGCUGCCUGCCUGA